AACGUGCUGCCAACGAUCAGCGAACCUUCAUUCCUUCCAGCUAGCCUGGCCCCUACCGGUCAACAAUACAUACGCUCAUGGACGUGACCAUAUUCUGGAACAUUGAACAUUCAUGUUCGCUUCCGCCAUGCCACUUUUCUCCUCCCAAAGGGAAAUCGUCUUCUCCGGCCCAGCACUAAAUUCAGAAAUCAGAUUCACUCCGACUAAUACCGAAUUCAAGUGCGCUCUUUAUCUGACGAAUAACUAUAAAUGAAGUUCGCAUGGUGUCCAAAUUCGGAGCUUGCAUUGCAGUUUAUCCACCGCCGAUGGGAGUGACUGGCAUCGUCAUCGGUCAGAAGGAAUAGAGAGAGAGAGGAGAAUAAUCUCUAUCUGCAUCCCGGUUUCUACUUCUCCGUGAUUUCGUUUGCUUCAGCUGUUAGGUCACCACAUCGAACGGACGGGCGAGGAAGCACAUUUCUGCGUGACCGUGGCUUGCGCUCAAGGGGGCAAAGAUUCCGAAGUAGGUUUCAGAAAAUAGCCAAUCGUCCAUAUUUCUCAUUGCUUGGCAGUAUAACCGGUGAAUUGGAACUCGAAUUAGGAAGCAUUCUCUUGUGAAAUCAUGUUUUUGUUACCCAUUUGGUUAUUCCGCUGCCAGGGUUGAUAAAUCGAACUGAAAAUUCAUCUGGCACUCGAAAAAGUGGGGACUAUCACCUGUGGUUCCUUGAGGGCUGUGGAGUUUUCCUUGAAGAUGAAUGUGGUAGGUAGGGUGGGGAGUAUAAUCUCUCAGGGUGUUUAUUCAGUUGCAACCCCUUUCCACCCAUUCGGUGGUGCAGUGGAUAUCAUCGUUGUUGAACAAGAGGAUGGAACCUAUCGAAGUACGCCAUGGUAUGUCCGUUUUGGGAAAUUUCAGGGUGUUCUAAAAGGUGCUGAGAAGGUUGUUACUAUUGCAGUAAAUGGCGAGGAUGCAAAUUUCCACAUGUAUCUUGAUUCCUCAGGAGAGGCCUAUUUCCUGAAAGAAGUUGUUUCUGGAACCAAUGAUCAAGAAUCAACUAAUCAGGCUUUAAAUAAAUCUAAUCAUUUGGAGAAUAAGCAGAAGACUCCAACCUCUAGCCAUGAUGAGAACUUUGAGGAUUAUAUGGUUGAUCUAAAUGAAAAUAGGGAGCGAGUUCAGGAAGAUGUUCAUGAAGAUGAGCAAACAACCAUUGGGAAUACCUCAAUAUCAGACAGGUUCAGCAAUUUAGAAGAAGUGGAGGAUGUAGUGGAAUCAUCUAAUGAUGCUAAUUCUGAAAUGGUUCUGAUCAGUGUAGAUGGACUUGUUCUCACCGCACCAAUUUCGGCUAGUGAUGAGAACAUGGAAAGUCUUCCAUUGGAUAACCCACAAUUCCACCUAGGUCCCGGGGAAGGACCUGGAGAUGAAUUCGGUUCAAGAAGUGCAAUGUGGGAAGAUGGUUUGUAUGUCAAUAUGGAAUCACGUGCUUCUAAGGAGAAUUAUGCUUUGGAGAAUCCAUUAAAAUUUUCUAACGAUAGCAAAGUAGUUUCCUUUCGUGGUGAACAGGUUCAGAGUGUUGUUAAGCUUGAGUUGAGCAACAGUUCAGAAGAUAUUGCUGCUAUUAUUGGUAAAGAAGAUGUGUUUAGAAGCUGCCUUGAUCUGACUUCGCACGUCCAAGAUUUGGAAACCAAAGAUGACUCAAAAAACCCACAUUUUUUCUCUUCUUCCAACACUAUAAUGCCCAUAGAAUCAUCAAUUAGGGAAAAUGGAGCUCCUUUGUUAUCUUCUUUAAAUGUAGAAAUGAAAGAUCUGGAAAACAAUGCUAAUUCUGAUACCAAGCAGAAUGAUGAUCAAAUUGGCUCAGAGGUAGCCCAUUGUGAUUCUAAUCUAUUAUCUGAUGAGACAUUGACAGCAAUGAAAAAUGCGGCUGAGGCAUCUGAGAAGAGCCUGGCUGUUGAUAAUAUGACACAGGAAGGUUCAAUUGAAGUUUCCGUUAAUAAUUUGAAAAAUGUUAUAGAAUGUGCGAGUGAAAGGCACGAGAUAUCUCCCACUAAAGCAGAAAUAAAUCAAACCGAGGAUCAAGAAAUUCAAAGCAGUAUUUCACGCUUUGGUUUUGAGAUUUCGCUCUGUGGGAACUUACUUCGGCCUGGAAUGGGGCGUGCUGCUGCAGAACAAGCCUUUGAUGCGCAUCUUGUCUCUGAGGAUGAGUUUAAAACUUCAGGACAAUCCAUAAUUAACAAUAAAAACCUCAUAGUUCGAUACAAAGAGAUGUAUUUGGCUUGGGAUAAAGCUGCUAAUUUGGUUGUGGGCAAAGCUGUGUAUGGUUCAGGUUUCUCAUGUGACAUAAAGGAUCAGAUUCCUAUUGAUCUCAAGGAAAUCACUAGUAUGAGAGAAGAAAUGCAAGGAGCUUCACUUUCUUCCAGUUCUAGUCGUAGAUGGAGAUUGUGGCCAAUACCAUUUAGGAGGAGCAGAACACUCGAACACACUAAUAGCGAUCCUUUAAAUGAAGAUCUUUUUGUUAAUACAGAAACUGGCGGGCAGAAUCCACAGGCUGAACAAAACCCUGUUUCUGAUAGUAAUCCAUCUCCCCGUAAACAACUCCUUCAUACAUACAUUCCAACCACUGAACAAAUUGGAUCUUUGAAUUUGAAGGAUGGACAAAACAUGGUAGCCUUUAGUUUCUCUACCAGAGUUCUUGGGAAACAGCAGGUCGAUGCUCAUAUUUACUUGUGGAAAUGGAAUGCACGGAUAGUCAUAUCUGAUGUUGAUGGCACCAUUACAAAGUCUGAUGUCCUCGGCCAGGUUAUGCCUCUGGUUGGAAAAGAUUGGACACAGUCAGGGGUUGCACGACUUUUUUCUGCUAUAAAGGAAAACGGCUACCAGCUCCUUUUCCUAAGUGCUCGAGCCAUUGUGCAGGCUUAUCUUACCAGAAGCUUUCUUCUGAAUCUGAAACAGGAUGGAAAAGCACUUCCUAGUGGCCCAGUUGUGAUUUCACCUGAUGGAUUGUUCCCUUCUCUUUUCCGGGAAGUUAUACGUCGGGCACCCCAUGAAUUCAAGAUUGCAUGUUUGGAGGACAUUAGAGCACUUUUUCCAUCUGAUUACAACCCAUUCUAUGCUGGCUUUGGGAACAGAGACACUGAUGAGCUCAGUUAUAGAAAAAUUGGCAUUGCCAAAGGAAAGAUAUUUAUUAUCAAUCCAAAGGGUGAAGUUGCGAUUAAUAACUGCAUUGAUGUGAAAUCCUAUACUUCCUUGCAUACCUUGGUCAAUGACAUGUUCCCCCCAACCUCACUGGUAGAGCAGGAAGAUUUCAACUCAUGGAAUUAUUGGAAGAUGCCAUUGCCCAGAAUUGACGCCUGACAUUUUAUAUCCUACCUAAUCAUUAUACGGCUUAAAUCUCUCUCUAUCCAGGAAGCUGUGUGAUCUUACGGCUGUAGGGUUCUACCACUGCCAUUAUUAUACUCUCCUUGAGAGCUUCCGCUUGUUUAUUAAUUCUUCCAUUCAAAUGAUUCAUUACAGCUAGGGAUUUACUUGGCAGAAGAAUGUAUUUCUUCCUCCUUAUAAAGGAGUAAGACUUGAAUUUAGAGGACAAUUACCUUGCAGAUUAUUCUCUGGUGGUAACGCACAUGCAGCAUAAUUGAGAAUAGAGCUUCCACCUGAUAUAAUAUUUCUACUUAAUCCUCUGUGUACAAAUAAUUCUGUGAUUUUAUGUUGAUUUAUGGGAAAGAGGAAUCAUGGGGACCACAAACCAGAGGCUGACUUCACUCUGUUUUUAUUUUAUUUUUUCAUCUUUGUUAACAUUUUGCUGUACGUGUUCAUCUCUUGUAAGUGUAUAUGGAACAAUUAUGCAAUGUAAAUUGGAGUUGCAGA